GCAUAUGUGCAAUUCCAUGAGUAUGUUAGGUGAUGAAGUAAAUGGUAGGUACCAAAAUAGAGCUUAUUGCAAAACCCAGCCAAAUAUGUCUCUGAGAUUCUUUCAUUUUGCGCUUCUUCUGCUCUUCCUAUGCUCUUUUACUCCAACCUUUGCUCAAAAUGGACAAGACCCAAUUACCAAAACAAUGGAGGAGUUUUCAGGAUACCCAAUUCAUGAAUCUAAUUCUUAUAGCGUUUCCUCACUAUCCGUUGAUGCUCAAAAUUUGCAGAAACAGAUUGAUGAACUCUCGACUUUCUCGGAUACUCCUGCCCCUUCAGUUACCAGGAUUCUCUACACUGAGAAGGAUGUAUUGGCGCGCAGGUUCAUUAAAAACUUGAUGGGACUCUCUGGUUUAUCUGUCAGAGAAGAUGCUGUGGGCAACAUAUUUGGGCGAUGGGAAGGCUCUGAACCAGAGCUUCCUGCAGUUGCAACAGGUUCUCACAUUGAUGCCAUACCAUACUCCGGAAAGUAUGAUGGAGUUGUCGGUGUUUUAGGUGCUAUAGAAGCCAUUAACACUCUAAAAAGGUCCGGAUUCAAACCUAAAAGGUCGCUGGAAGUCAUCUUAUUCACCUCAGAAGAACCUACAAGAUUUGGAAUUAGCUGCCUGGGAAGCCGCUUAUUGGCAGGGGGUGAUGCACUUGCAAAAGCUCUGAAGAGAACAGUAGAUGGCCAAAAUAUAUCAUUUUUCGAUGCUGCAAGAUCUGCUGGCUAUGCUAAAGAUACUGAUGACUUAUCUAGUGUAUUUUUAAAGAAAGGAAGUUACUCUGCUUUUGUGGAAUUGCACAUCGAGCAGGGUCCCAUUUUGGAGGAGGAAGGUAUACCAAUUGGAGUAGUAACCGCCAUUGCAGCACCAGCAAGUAUAAAAGUUGAAUUUGAAGGCAAUGGAGGCCAUGCUGGUGCUGUCUUAAUGCCAAAUAGAAAUGAUGCUGGACUGGCAGCUGCAGAAUUAUCACUAGCCGUUGAAAGACAUGUAUUAGAGUCUGGUUCCAUUGAUAGCGUUGGUACAGUUGGAAUUCUGGAGCUUCAUCCUGGAGCAAUCAACAGCAUCCCAAGCAAAUCACAUCUUGAAAUUGACACAAGAGACAUUGAUGAACAGAGAAGAAACAUAAUAAUUGAGAAAAUUCGUCAAUCUGCAAAUGCGAUAGCCAAAAAACGUCGGGUCAGUCUAACAGAGUUUAAAAUCAUAAAUCAGGAUCCACCUGCACUCUCUGAUAAGUCAAUAGUUGAGGCAAUGGAAGCUGCAUCAAAAGAGCUUAAUCUUUCACAUAAAUUGAUGAUUAGCCGAGCAUACCAUGAUUCACUGUUUAUGGCCAGAGUAUCUCCAAUGGGUAUGAUCUUCAUUCCAUGCUACAAAGGUUACAGCCAUAAGCCCGAAGAAUAUGCCUCAAUUGAUAACAUGUCUAAUGGGGUCAAGGUAUUAGCCCUUACCCUUGCAAAGUUGUCACUGGAAUGAUGCAUUUCUUGUACAUAACUAGAUAUAACUUAACCUUUGUGCCAUAGUGGCUUUGUGUAAGGAUACUUUGAGAAUAAAGGAUAUUUGAUUCAGUACAUAAAAGAAAUCUACUGUUCUUUUGGAA